AAUACUUGAUAAAAGAAAAGCUAAACGUUUUGUUUUGAAAAGUCCAAACCUACAAUCAAGCGUCCAGCUUCACACAGCAGUCUUUUAAAUCACCCAUACAGUUUUGUUUGGAUUAUCAGAGUCAUGUUCUUUCUAACUGCCUUUUGUUUGGUGCUCCAUUGCACGGUUCCUUUGAUAACAUGGGCAAAACCUCUGGAUAAAACAAAUGAAAUAGAAUUUGCCUCGCUAGAAUCGACGGAUUCCGAACUCAACUUAUUCGAAGGAGACAUUGCCGGCAUUAAUGGCCUUGAUGUAUUAGCUGGCCAAGAGCCAAGGAAUGCCAUAGUGUACGAAAAUCUACUUUGGCCCAACGGCAUAGUCUAUUACAGCAUAGCAGACAACUACACUGCCGUAGAACUCGACAUAAUUGCUCAAGCGAUAAACGAGUAUGAGACGAAAAGUUGCAUUAGAUUUGUACCACGAACGGACCAGCCGGACUAUGUUUACAUCGAGAAAACUGGCGCCGGAUGUUACAGCUAUAUCGGCCGAAUCGGUGUGGCACAGACGGUCUCACUGGACAGCGGCUGCUUAAGCGGUGGGCUUCCAGGUACUGCCAUACACGAGCUAUUGCAUGCCUUGGGUUUCUUUCACGAACAGAGCCGCACUGAUCGUGAUGAUUACGUCAUCAUCAACUACUCCAACAUUCAACCUGGUACUGAAGCGAAUUUCCUUUCUUAUGGUCCUGACGUUAUUCAAUAUCUGGGAGCCUCAUACGACUACGGUUCCGUUAUGCAUUAUGGAGCUUACAGCUUUGGUAUCGAUCCCAGUACUCCGACCAUCAUUACUCGACAGCCGGGUGUUGAAAUCGGGCAGAGAAGAGGAUUCAGUGAAGUGGACUUAUUCAAACUGAAUGCCCUUUACAAAUGCAACGUGGCCUAAAAUUAUAGCCGUGAAACUUUAGAGCAGCUGGGGUUGAUCCAAAUUUAUUUGACUAAUCAUAUGCACAUCACCUUAUUAUUUCUGCUAUUAUAUAAACUUGUU